AUGAAACUUUCCAUCUCUUUUUGCAAGUGUUUUUGUUUGAGCUUCUUCCUUACGGCUUUCCUGGAUGGGUCAGGGAGCAUGAAUUCAGAUAGCCCUGAAUGUAGCCAAAGGGAAGGUGAUCCUCCAUGUUUGAGCUCUCUAGUGGCCAUGUCUCUUCCUUUGCUGGAAAAAGGUUGUAAUGGAUUGGGAAGUUGUAGGCUCCAUGUCCUCAUGCCUGAAGAACCUGUAACAUUUGAGGAAAUUCAGGAUGUCCCUCCUGGAGACCAACAAAUGGAAUUCAAACAGGUGAUCAAACACACUGGAGAUCCCAACAAACAAGGCUCAUCGAGGGCUAGGACCCUGAUGGAUCGACUCAGCUUGGUGGAAACCAAAGUGGUUUCCAUGGCAUCAAACCUGCAAAAAUUACAAGAGGAAAACAGACUUAAUCUGAAUCGCCUGGAGGAGCAAAUCAGCUCCCUGGCUGCGCUUUUGCUGGGGAUCCUGUCUGGCUGCAAAUUGCCUUGCAGCGAAUCAGUCUUGAAGACUUCCAUUUUGGAUUUAGGCAAAGAGCACAAGACUGAGGAAACGACAGCACUUUUGGUGGAACCCUCAGAGAAAUCUGAACACAUACAUCCUCGAGAUUGUGCUGAGAUCCACAAACAGGGCAUCCAAGACAAUGGGAUUUACACCAUCCAGCCCAUUCCUCUCCGACAACCUUUUGAGGCAUAUUGUGAUAUGGUAACUGACGGUGGUGGCUGGACAGUGAUCCAGCGCCGGCAGGAUGGUACUGAGGACUUCAACCGGACAUGGCAUGAGUACAAGCAAGGAUUUGGCAACCUACAAGGGGAACAUUGGUUGGGCAAUGAGCACCUCCACAGUUUAACCCGCCUGGGUCAGCAUGUCCUGCAUGUAGAACUGGAAGAUUGGUAUGGUGUGAAGCGGCAUGCCAUGUACCGCAAAUUCAAAGUGGCUAGUGAGGCCAACAAGUAUCGUUUGACAGCCCGGGAAUAUAAAGGGAAUGCAGGCAAUGCUCUGAGCUAUAGCCACAACUACAACCAUGAUCACAAAUACUUCACAACCUGGGACAGUGACAAUGACAACUACUCCAUGGGCAACUGUGGUGCAUAUUAUGGGGCUGGUUGGUGGUUUGACUCAUGCCUGGCAGCCAACCUUAAUGGGAAGUACCAUCAUGGACGCUACAGUGGGGUGACCAAUGGCAUCUACUGGGGAACGUGGUAUAUUCUGAUUGAUAAAAGGACCAGCCAGAAAUAUUCAUUCAAGAAAGCAGAAAUGAAAACCAGACCUAUUAAUUUUUGA